AGCUUCUUCGGCCUGAUGUCUUGGUUCGGGUGAAAAGUGUAUAUAAGACGUCAGGUAUCGAAAGGUUAAGUAAGUUUAUACUGGCCAGCAGUACAGAAUAGAAACCAUUGAACCAUUGCGUCUGUGCAGGCCGCCGAUGUUCACACGGAGAGCUGCCGCGAAUUGCGAUGUCUGACAUUCCGGAAAAGUCACGGUCGCCAGCCAAUUGGCGGGCAUACGCCACCUCGACCGAGGUCGAAUCAAUCCUUCUGAGGCAAGGCCAAUCAGGGACGCAAAUGCAUGAUGUAUACCUCGAUGGAUCAGCACUGCUCAAGGCAAGCCCUGAACAGCUUUAUAUGUAUACCGAUGUGCUCGCUCUAGAUGAGAAUACCAUAUUCGGUCUAUCGGAGAAUGCGCAAGUGACCAUCCUGACGAGGGUUAUCACAGCGGAUGCCCCUGUGACUCUCAAGGUGAUCCCACCAGCUGAUGGUAGUUGCGCCGUUGCCAUCUACGCAUCGGUGUUGGAUCAAGAUGUUGCGGUACAGGCUGGGAAUUCGAAGCCCCAGAAGCUGGGCUUAGGUCCGGGGUCUGGGCAUCUCGGGGUAGUUAUAGUCGUCAACGCUGAUACUACGAACCCAGUCACGUUGGAUUACAUCAAGAAGUACGGUUAUGAUAACAGACAGAGCCACGUAUCCAGCCUGGAGACGCAACUGCGUAUCGCCUCGGUGAUGUUCUGGAAGAACACUUCCGUUGCCAUCUCUCUCUGUGCCCACGUCGCCGCCUUUACCGUGUCGCCCUCACCGCACUACCUCCUCAACUCCCAAGCCGUGGCGCUAGGCCAGCAGCUCGCGGCGCAGGCGGUCACGGAUGACGGCAAGCUACUGGCCCAGGCCCAGGCGUAAGCCAUCAAGGCCGGCCAGCAGUACGUCCAAGCCGCGAUGGAGGCCGUGCUGUGCGAGAGGGAUGUAGAACGCCUCAAGUCGCUAAUAGACAAGUACGAAGGACAGGAGGAUGUGUACGAGA